AACAAAAUCGUGUUGAAUAAGAAGUCUGAGUUGGUUCAAACACUGAAAAAGAAAAGUCCAAAACAACACAAAAUCCUAAACCUCCUACCGAAACCGAAAACCAGUUGGAUAUUUCUCUAAAUUCUCUGUGCACAAUCAUUUUCCUUGCGAAAUCUAAAUCUCCCACCAUCAAGCACUGCAUCGAACCCGCAAGCCAGCAGCAUGUACCAUGACAACAGCAUCAUCAACCAUAACCCUUUCUUGACGCAGCCGCAGCCGCAGCCGUCUACGCAGGUUUUGACUUCUCACUGGACCCGUUUCGAGGAUAAACUCUUUGAGCAGGCCUUGGUGAUGUUACCGGAGGGAAUUCCUGAUCGGUGGCAAAAGAUUGCUGAAAGAGUUCCCGGUAAGUCAGCCAAGGAAGUAAAAGAGCAUUAUGAAAUGCUUUUGUACGAUGUUUAUGAAAUUGACGCUGGUCGAAUUGAGAUUCCGAGUUAUGCUGAUGAUUCUUGCCUGUUGUCGUCGAGUUGGGACUUGGACAAUCAGAUCUCUUUCGAAGCUUCGAAACCAAAACAGCAUGGAGAAAAUGAAAGGAAGAAGGGCACUCCGUGGACAGAAGAAGAACACAAGUUAUUUUUAAUUGGGCUGCAUAAAUUUGGCAAGGGUGACUGGCGGAGCAUAUCAAGAAAUGUGGUGGUGACACGAACACCUACUCAGGUAGCUAGCCAUGCUCAAAAGUACUUCCUUCGGCAGAGUUCAGUGAAGAAGGAGAGGAAAAGAUCAAGCAUCCAUGACAUUACUACAGUUGAUAGCAACACGAUGGAUGCACCUGUCAACCAGAAUUGGAUUCCUGUGCCAGGUGGUCCUGUUCAACAGGUACCUUCACGGCACCAGUUGCCCACUGGAAGCCAUUUACCUGCUCAAGGAGGGUCAUUAGGGUAUCAAAACUACAGCUAUCCGAUGUAAAGAUGGACCAGAGCUUGGAACUCUGUAUAUAUUAUAGACCAAGUCCCUGCACUCAAGAAUGCAAUUUGUAAAGAUCCUUGAUGUUCAAUUUAGUUUAGGCCUGUAAAGUAAGUUGAAACUAGGUUGUUCUUAAAAUCAUUGUAUUUGUUUUUACAAAACGUUUUAAGGAAAGGUUGCUGGAACAAAUGAGAUUUAUAGAGUGGGAGACGUUGAUUCUGCAGGUACAUAUCUGGACUUCAAAAUAUUAUGACUUUAUUAUUUUUCCACUUUGGUCACUGGAUGACUUGGAGAAGUGAACUUAUAAAUAAAAAUAUCAGAAUAUUUUUCUUCUCACUCUGAUGCCCUUCACACUUUGAGAUCUUUUCAAAGCUGAUGUUUGUACAUUCACUUUUGCCAAACCAAGAGACAAAGGAAAAAGAUACUUUGAAUGUUCAAAGACAAAUUCUUCAUAUUUUAUCAUAGACAUUUUAUCUACAGCAACUGCAUUGCAAGUUCACAUGUAUUAUCAAUGCAGGCAUAUCUCAAUUCUGUUAUCUGCAAGUUCAUAUUAUGGACCUAACUCUAAGCUAUGGUGUAACAGUAAGGCGAGUUUAUCUAUUGCUUCAUUUUCCCUUCAAGAUCUUCUCAAAUCUCAAUUGAUUUGGCAUGUUGAUAUGAUCAGAACAAUUCAAACUGCCAUCUCGGACUGACUUUACAUUUACUAAUUUUGGACCUAUGGCAUUGCAGGUGGAAGUAAAUCUUCUAACAGGGGAAACAACUUCUUUGUGGACAGAUAUUCAAUGACUGUGGCCAAAGCUUAAAUCCUGAUGUGGAUUUAGGAUAGAUUGAAGGUGCUUUUGUUCAAGGAAUUGGAUUCUUUAUGCUUGAAGAAUAUCCCACAAACUCAGGUGGACUAGUGAUUGCAAAAUGCACAUGGACAUAUAAGAUCCCUGCACUACAGUGGAUACCAUACAAAACAAUUUAAUGUUGAAAUCCUGAACAGUGUACAUCAUAAAAAAGCGUCUACUUUCUUCAAAAGGCAAGUUCAUAUUAAUUUUCUUGAAUCCAUGUCAUUUUUCUCUAUUCUUGAUUUACUUUUUGAAUAGUGAACAUCAUAAAAAACAUGUACUUUCUUCACUGGCAAGUUCAUAUUAAUUUUCUUGAAUCCAUGUCAUUUUUCUCUA